AUGAAAUCACCCAAGCGCUUACUAUUUGCAUUUAUUAUACCCUUCUUUUUAAGCAACCAUGUAAGCGGUUCAGAAGAAAGAGGAGCAAAAUACUACCUUCAGGAAGGAAAUCAGUAUCUGUUGAGUGGAAAGUACAACGAUGCUAUCUUGAGCUACGAUGCAGCUAUUCAAUACGAUCCUAAUGACUACAUAUCUUACUAUAAAAGAGCAACAGCUUAUUUGUCGCUUGGCAAAACCAAUCCAGCUAUUGAAGACUUUUCCAAGAUAUUGACUUUGAAGCCUGGAUUCAAGCAAGCCUUGUUAGAACGAGCCAAACUUUAUCUUGCUGACGGUGAAUACAAGUUGGCUAAACAAGACUUGGAAGGUGUUAAUCAAGACGAUUCAACAAAGUUAUUGUUAUCAUCUAUAUCAGAAGCAGAAAAGUCAAGUCAAAUAGCACAAGAGUCAUUUUCUCAUAAACAGUACGACCAAUGUAUUCAACAUGCCACUCGUGUCAUUCAGAUCUCACCACAACGCUCUCAAUGGCGGACACUUCGCGCUCAAUGUCACUUUGGUAAAGGAGAGAUUGAAGAAGCAGUGAAUGACUUGACUCGAGUGAGCUAUCUCAACCCUUCUGAUCAAGAACUCAUUCUGCAACUAGCCAAACUCAACUUUUAUUCCCUUUAUGAACCUGACAGAGCCACAGCUCAAGUGAAGCAGUGUCUUCAUUACGACCCUGAACAUAAACCAUGUAAAUCUCUAUUUCGUCAAAUCAAGCGGUUCCAAAAAGAUCUUCAAAAGGUAGUAGACGCAAAGCAACAACAACGAUUUGCUACAGCCUUCAAUACCCUUGUUGGUACCAGCACAAAAAAAGGACUUGUGUCUGAAUUGGAUGAACCUUUCAAGGCAUUGAAGGCAGAGAUGAAGAUUGAGAAUUUACCCAAGAAAUUACACCUGACGUGUUAUGAACUAGCUUGUCAGUUAUCAGCAGAACAAAAGGAUUCAGAAAGGAUAGACACAUGGUGCUCAGCUAUAUUAAAAAUCAAUCCUGAUCAUCCAGACGCAUUAGCUCACUUGGGAGAAUUGAAAUUAAACAAUAAUGAUUUUGAAGGUGCAGUUCAUGAUUUGGAAAAGGCAUAUGAAGCCAGCGGGCAGCAAGAUCAUAGGAUCAGACAGUUAUUAAACAAGGCACAACAGUUAUUACGACAAAGCAAGAAGAGAGAUUAUUAUAAAAUAUUAGAUGUAUCCAGAGAUGCUGAUCCAAGGACAAUAAAGAAAGCAUAUCGUAAAAAGGCAUAUGAAUGGCACCCUGAUAAAUAUAGUGGAAAUCUCGAUAAGGAUCAAGUAGAAAGUAAGAUGGCAGAGAUCAAUCAAGCUUAUGAAGUACUUAGUGAUCCAGCCAAACGAGAACAAUUUGAUAAUGGUUUUGAUCCCUUUGAUCCUGAGGCUGGUGCUCAUCAACAGAACCCUUUCAACUUCCAUGGAGGAGAUAACCCAUUUGCUCAUUUUGCUGGUGGCGGACAUGGAUUCCCAUUUGGUUCCACAGGAGGAUUUACAUUUCACUUUUAG